AUGGCUUCUGUCAGCACGAUGCCACCUGUCUCUGACCCCAGGUACCUGUUUCAUUGGCAGGGCACGCUGGAGCUGGCAGACUUUCCCCUGCAGAAGGGUUCCGUGGAGCUCCUCAAGCAGAGAUGGGAGUCUGCCAAUGCCGCAAGACCUGGCCCAAUGCUCUGGUGCUCGCCAGCCCCACGGUCCCUGGUGCCGGGUAAGAUCAACUCCAGCAGCUCCGUGGAGAAAGUGCCAGCAGACAGCAGAAGGGCAGAUGUGCUCAAGGAGGAGACCCUAGGUGGCCCUCAGCAAAUUGAGCACUUCCCCAUCACUGUGGAGGAGCUGCGGAGUCACUUCGAGGCCCUGGGUGGCAGGAAGAGGGAUCUGCCUCAGUUGCUUCAACAACUGAAGAAAAAUGCUGCUUUGGUCCUCCUUCUAGCAGUGCUUUCGGUGGACUCUGGGAACUACCAUGCUCUGUAUUACUGGAAAAUUAUCACGUCUGAGAAGCCAGGUGAUAUUUUGGAAGGAAACAAAGUGUAUGGUCAAGGGAGAAGGUUGGAAACAGAAAAUGAGGGUUCACUUUCAUCAGCAUCAAAGAGUCAGCCUGGGAGCCAUUCUGCUGUUUCUCUGAAGGAGUCUAGCGUGAAAAGAGGAAGAGCAAUCUUUGAGAAGAUGUCAUCGGAAAAUGGCCACAGCACCAGCUUUGAAGUGGGUUCUCGCAAACCUGUAAGAGGACUAUCCAAAGAGAAUGCUCCAAGGGAUGAUAACACACCACUGGAUUUCCAGGAGACUGUCUCCUUGAAGGAAAGAAUGGCUAUGUACAAGGCUGCUGUGUCUGAGAUCGGGAGUAACAACUCCUUUGCUCAUACUUCAGAGAAAACCAAGUUCUGUUCUGUGCCUGGUGGCCUGGCAGCUGUGAGGAAACAAUUUGAGAAAGUGAAGAUGACCUCUUUACGAAAGAGCUUUGCUCAGUACCAGCACCAGCACAAAUCUGUACAGGAAAAAUCAAGUACCGGUCAGCAGACAGUAUCACGCAGCACCAGGAAAGCUGAGUGCAAUGAAAUGAUCUCCAAAGAAGUUCAAACAGAUGCCUCUCAAACACAAGAGGGUGGAGGAAAAACAAUCGUUUUUACUCUUUUUCUCAUCACAGUAAGCAAUGCAGUUCAGAAUGAAGAGCUCCCAAAGACUGUAACACAAAUUUUGAAAGAGCAAAUUGAAAGGACAGCUCAGGAAAAGGCUGUUCACUCUGACAGAGAGACUGCAGCGCCUGCAACAGAAGUAAAGAAACUGCAGAUUCAGGAAAAUGAAACAUGCAGACUCUGUCAACAGCGAGUUUACCCAAUGGAAUGCCUAGUUGCCGACAAGCAGAAUUUUCAUAAAUCAUGUUUCCGAUGUCACCACUGUGGCAGUCAAUUAAGCUUGGGAAAUUAUGCAUCUCUCCAUGGAAAAAUAUAUUGUAAGCCUCAUUUUAAGCAACUUUUCAAAUCAAAAGGAAAUUAUGAUGAAGGUUUUGGACACAAGCAACAUAAAGAAUUAUGGAAUUCUAAAGAUCAAUAUAGCUCAGUUGGCAAUAUUCAUGCUGAAGAAACAAAUCCCAUUAAUAGUAUAUCUGUUGAUCCUAAACCAAUUACAGAAAUUGAUCAAGACUUGAAUACUGAAGGUAUUCAUCCUGGUAUUUUGGACAAUAAUUUGAAAAAAUCCACAGAAAGAGGUAAAUUAAGGAUGACAUGGCCACCUUCAACAGAUGACGCAACACCUAAGAAAAGAUUUUCUAUUGAAGAAACGGCUAAAGUAAAUAAGCCAAAGUGGCCCCCCGAAGUUUUUGCUCAAGAAGGUUCUAGUUUACAUAGAAAUAAACCUCUGAGCAAUAAAAAGGAUCCUCAGAAAGAAGAUGCUGUGAGAGAGCAAAAUAAAAAUGACACCGCAAAUGCACAACAAAAUCAACACUCAUCCUUUAGCUCUCUGUCUGAAAAAGAAGCUACGAAUAUCUGUAAAGUAAAGAAAAAUGAAGCAGGCAAUAAGGGAAAUGAUAAGGAAGCUGGGAACAUGCAAGAGAAGCUGAAUAAAACUGGAGGAUCACAGAACAGGGAGGAAAGCGGAAAGGAUAUUAAUGAAGGUGAUAAUAUGAUUGCAUAUAGUGCUGGUAAGGGGCGAGAGAAAAAACUUAACGAAACUGAUGAUUCAGAACUUGUACAGGUUACUAACAUUGAUGAUGUAACCGUACAAAAGAAUCACAAAGACUUCAGUUUGAAUAACAACAACAAUAACAAUAAUGCCACUUUUUCACAUCUAAACAUCUGCAGGCAAGAAACAACUCUCUCAGCUACGUCUAAGCCAAUGACAGCAUUAAGCCAUGCAAUUUGCACUGUAGCACAGCAUGCCUUUGCAAAGCUGGAAAAUCGGCCUGGAAAUGAAGAAAUAUUUGAGAUGUAUGAAUCUCAUGAGAGCUAUUCUAGUGAUACUGUAACUGUUUUAUGGAAUGAACAGAACUCAAAAGAUGAAGAUGCUGUUACCUCAAAUAGUCUGGCUCAAUUUAAUAAAGAUGCCACUUGUCAGAAGUCUCGUACUAAUCGCACAUUAGUUUUGAAGGAAGCAACUAAUACAACAUACCCUGUUGAUACUGAGUUGGUACGCAUUGGAGAAGAAUCAAAAUGUGACAAAAAUUUAAAUGCUAUUUUAUCUGACACUCUGAAAACAUAUUUUCUUAAAAAAGACAACUUGGCUUCAGACCGUGGUAUAAUAGACUCUGUAGACAUAACUAAAAAGUCCUGCAGCUUGUAUUCAAAGGAACAUGGGAAUUAUGAUACAGAACUGAAUGGUAUUAAUGCCUGUCAAGAAAGUGAAAUACUUGAGGUGUCAAGGAAUGACAUAAACAGAAACUUAGAUUUCCUGAGCUCAAGAUAUACAGCUGUCCCAUCAUUCCAAG